UUUUCAACCGUCGGGCGCUGCCUCAACAGCUCCCCGUGCAUGAUAAAGCAAACGCGUGUAUGCCGAUUUCUUCUCCCCAAAACCGGACUAAACUAUCACAGCAACAUGGAUUUUGACUCCAUGAAAUACGCAGAGUUGAGGAGCAUCGCAAAGGAGUUCGGUCUUAAAGCGAAUAUGAAGGCCGAUAAACUCCUGAAAGCGGUCAAACAGCAUUAUCAAGAAAAGAACAAGGAGGAAGAAGAUCAGGGACAAAAGAAAGAUUUUACCGCUGUAGCACAAGACAGUGCUCAGGAAAAUAAAGAUGCAUCCUGCGAGGAAGAGGUUUCCAGCCCUGCUGUGUUUGUGAACACACGUCGAGGCAAAGGAAAGAGAAAGAUCUCUGAUACUGCACCAGUGACCGAGAGUGAUGCUAAAUUACCUCCAUGUCCUGCAGAGGGUGACACUGAAGUGGAAGUGUCCAGUGCACCCUGUGGUGCUAAGAAGAGGAAGGUGUCCUCCGCUAACGAUUCUGACAAAGGUGAAACUGAGCCUCCUAAUGAGCCCCAGGACACUGGCAGUGAGAAACGGCCUGAUAUUAAGGAUGAAGCACCUGUGCAAGGGAAUGCAGAGAAAGCACCCAAAGCAUCCAGAGGAGGUAAAAUCCCUCGUUACCAGGGACUCCAGCAGAAGAGCAAGCCACUGUUGAAACCCAUCACUCCUAAUUUCAAAAAACUCCACGAGGCACAUUUUAACAAGAUGGAGUCUAUUGACUCCUAUGUCCAGCGAAAGACCAAGCAGGUGGAGAGCUUCAGAAGUUCUGUUAAAGAACUGAAGAAGCUUUCUGAGAAAACUAAACUGAAGCAGGUUGACGUCAAAACUCAAGUGAAGGCCAAUCAGAGUCGUGCUUCCAUGUUCAGCCCGGUCACGCUGAAUAAGAGACCAGCUGAGGAGAAACGCAGAAACACGUUGCUCUCGGCCAGUAAAGCUCCUCCUGCUAAAUCUGCAGUGAAGGACGAUGUUCCUUUCAGACCGUCUGUCCUUUCCACUCGCAGGAUCAAUGUCCGGUUCUCAGAGGCCACUCAUGACAAUGAGUAUAAGAAGUCGCUGGUGAAGACUCCGGCACGCAUGUCACUGUGUGUGUCCUCGAGCACCCCACAGAAACAGACCACUGACGAAGGAAAGACCAACAAGACUAACACUCUCUCUGCCACCAAAACAGGACCGUUCAUUUUCACCGGCAACAUGAGUACUACAACAACCCCGGGAACGCAGAAGAAGUCAACUUUUGACCUGAAGGCGAGUCUGUCUCGUCCACUCACCUACAAGCCUCAUACAGGAAAACUGAAGCCGUUUGUUGAAACAAAAGAAAACACGGCAGCAAACAAGUCGCUGAUCGUGAACUCUCAUCAGAAAAACUACAAACAGCACCAAGUCCAGACCAGGAACGACCGGAGAGCAAAACACGCAGAAGACCGGAAGCACAAGAAAGAGAAUAUGCUCGGGGCAAGAAGAGGCCUCGUCAUGAUGUAAAAAUAAUGCGCUUGUUCGUGGACGUUUUGUACAGCCUGUUUUUCAAGUGUAAAUAUUUUGUUGUCGGCAGCUGCCGCUUUCCUCUCUGCAGUCUCUUUUAGCAUACUGCUCACGCUACCUGCGUCUGUGUACUGAUUUUAGAUUUGACUCAUGGAGUAGUUUUAACACUUUUUGGAGCUCAGAGUGAUGCGUUUGUAUUUUAAUGUGGAGAGAAUUAUCCACUUUUGCUGCAUUUCAAACAGAUAAUUUUGUUCUUAAAAAUUUGAUGUGCUUAAUGUUUACUCUUUUUUGGGGGGGCUGAUAAAAAGACAAAAGAUUCCCUUGUAUACAUUCUGCAAUUUAAAAUUAAAAUUGCUAUUAAGGUUUUCCUAAAAAGUGUUUGGACAUUUGUGCGCAAUCAGGAUUUGAUAAUAAAAUGUGUCCCACAAAAAAAAUCAGAAUUAACAGCCAUAUUUUUAUUAUUAAUUAAAUUCAGGAUGAUCUGUAGGAGGAAGAUGUUUCACAUACAGGACCUUAAACUGAUUUUGUUGUGGAGGAGCAGCAGGUUAAAGGAACUUUGCAGUAGAAUCACUUUGUUUACUGUGAAUUAGAAAAUGGUUUGCGGGGCCACAUUUGGCCUGUGGGCUGCAGGUUGAGUAUCACUGGUGUAGUGGCAUCUUGACGGUGAGGCUGCAAAACUGAAACUUUUGACUUAAAAGCACAUUAAGAGCCAGUGUUUGAUUUGUCCGUUCUGGGCUACUGUGGAAA